UUGGUAUAAACAAACACCAUUUCACGUAAACAAUCUUCAUGGCGACCUCCUGUUUUGGUUCACUUCGCAUUCGUAAAUCAAAGAGCAAGCCAUUAUCAACCCUUUUCUCCUUGAAAUCCCAGAUGAAUUCUGAAAUGGAAAACAUGGAAAGGAGAAGGUUUGAUAGUUUGGAAUCGUGGUCGAUGAUCCUUGAGUCUGAAAAUAUGGAAACUUGGGAGACAUCAAAGGAGGAUCAGGAGGAGUGGACAGCUGAUCUCUCUCAGCUCUUCAUUGGCAACAAAUUUGCCUCCGGUGCGCACAGUCGGAUAUACCGUGGAAUUUAUAAGCAGAGAGCCGUUGCUGUGAAGAUGGUCAGGAUUCCAAACCAAAAGGAGGAAACAAGAGUCAAACUUGAGCAGCAAUUCAAGUCUGAAGUUGCCUUGCUUUCUCGUCUCUUUCAUCCCAGCAUAGUUCAGUUCAUUGCAGCCUGUAAAAAGCCACCGGUAUAUUGCAUAAUUACAGAGUAUAUGUCACAAGGAACUCUGAGAAUGUAUCUUAACAAGAAAGAGCCAUAUUCACUCUCGAUAGAAACAAUACUGAGGCUAGCCCUAGACAUAUCAAGAGGAAUGGAAUACCUCCAUUCCCAAGGGGUAAUCCACAGAGACCUCAAAUCAAAUAACUUGCUUCUAAACGAUGAAAUGAGAGUAAAAGUAGCGGAUUUCGGAACCUCCUGCCUCGAAACACAGUGUCGAGAAACAAAAGGGAACAUGGGAACUUACAGAUGGAUGGCGCCGGAGAUGAUUAAAGAGAAGCCUUACACUCGCAAAGUUGAUGUGUACAGCUUUGGGAUUGUACUGUGGGAGCUCACCACGGUUCUGCUUCCCUUUCAAGGGAUGACUCCCGUGCAGGCUGCCUUUGCCGUCGCCGAGAAGAAUGAGAGGCCGCCAUUGCCGGCGAGUUGUCAACCGGCGUUAGCACACCUGAUAAAGCGGUGUUGGGCGGCGAAUCCAUCGAAGCGACCGGAUUUCAGCGACAUUGUGGCGGCUUUGGAGAAAUACGACGAGUGCGUGAAAGAGGGUCUUCCACUUGCACACCAUAAAGGAUUGGUAAACCGAAACGCCAUUAUUGAACGCUUGAAAGCUUGCGCCUCAACCAGUUCUUCAAUACCUGUACAUGCCUGAAACUGAGACUGAGCUUAAGCCGCCAUAGCUUUGGUAAUUCGAAAGGAAGAUAUUAUUUUGAUGAAUUUUACCUUUGAAGAAGGAAGAUGAAAUACUGUGUAAAAUGACCGGGCCCGCCCUGGAUUCUUGGUCCACAUCUGGAUCAUUGUACAUAAGGCCCAACUUUCUUGGCCCA